AUGGAGUGCGCCCUGGACGCCCAGAGCCUGAUCAGCAUCUCCCUGCGCAAGAUCCACAGCUCCCGGACCCAGCGCGGCGGCAUCAAGCUGCACAAGAACCUCCUGGUGUCCUACGUGCUCCGCAACGCGCGCCAGCUCUACCUGAGCGAGCGCUACGCCGAGCUCUACCGGCGCCAGCAGCAGCAGCAGCAACAGCAGCAGCCGCCCCACCACCAGCACCAGCACCUCGCGUACGCGGCGCCGGGCAUGCCGGCCAGCGCGGCCGACUUCGGCCCGCUCCAACUUGGCGGCGGCGGGGACGCGGAGGCGCGCGAACCUGUCGCCCGGCACCAGCUGCACCAGCUCCACCAGCUCCACCAGCUGCACCUCCAGCAGCAGCUGCACCAGCACCAGCACCCGGCGCCCAGGGGCUGCGCGGCGGCGGCUACCGCCGCCUCCCCGCCCGCCUCCCCGGCCCCCGCCUCCUCCGCCGGCUUCUACCGGGGCGCGUACCCGGCCCCCUCGGACUUCGGCGUGCACUGCAGCAGCCAGACCACCGUGCUGGACCUGGACACUCACGUGGUGACCACGGUGGAGAACGGCUACUUGCACCAGGACUGCUGCGCCUCCGCCCACUGCCCCUGCUGUGGCCAGGGCGCCCCGGGACCCGGCCUGGCGUCCGCCGCCGGCUGCAAGCGCAAGUAUUACCCAGGCCAGGAGGAGGAGGACAACGACGACGAGGACGCGGGCGACCUGGGGGCCGAGCCCCCCGGGGGCGUCCCGUUCGCCCCCUGCAAGCGCGCCCGCUUCGAGGACUUCUGCCCGGACUCGUCCCCGGACGCGUCCAACAUCUCAAACUUGAUCUCCAUCUUUGGCUCGGGCUUCUCCGGGCUAGUGAGCCGACAGCCGGACUCCUCUGAGCAGCCGCCGCCGCUCAACGGGCAGCUGUGCGCCAAGCAGGCGCUCGCCAGCCUCGGCGCCUGGACUCGAGCCAUUGUCGCCUUCUAG